CUUGUAGGAGGGAACAGAGAUCAUAACACUGCGUGUAUAAAUAACAGCAGCUUGCAGCACACCUCCAUUCUUCCUCUCUGACCAGCAUCAAGCUAGAAAACAUUCUACAACAUGAUUUGCCUGACAGGAGUGAUUGUGCUGCUCUUUGCAGUGACUGUAGAUGCAAGAGUUGGGUUCUCCAGUGAAUCCAGUUACUGCACUGAGACAAAGGAAUGUUUUCUGUUCGACUUGGUUUGUGCAGGAAAAGAUUAUGAGGUACGGCACUAUGGUGCUGCCAAGUGGGUGACAACAGAAGCUGAAUCCUAUUUCAUGGAAAUGGCAACUGCAAGAGCAUUCAGGAAACUUUAUAAAUACAUCACUGGAGAAAAUGAGGCUGGUGCAAAGAUUGACAUGACUGCUCCAGUGAUUGUUAAAGUCAUUGAGAGCGCGAGCAUUGUGCAGUCAUCAGUCUAUGUUCUCAGCUUCCUCCUGCCCUCCAACUACCAGGCCAAUCCACCCAAACCUACCGAUCCAUCUAUAUAUUUUACAGACACUCCAGAUAUGAAAGUAUAUGUCAAAAGCUACGGGGGCUGGAUGAUGUCAGUUGUGGCCAGAUCGCAGGCUCAGAGUCUGAAGACAUCGCUGGACAAUGUACAGGCUACAUAUGAGACAGGAUACUACUAUAAUGUCGGCUAUAACAGCCCAAUGAAGAUUAUGAACAGGCACAAUGAGGCAUGGUAUAUUGUCAAGGGUGAGCCUGUGUGUCCUAAGACUGAAUAAUUUAGCUGAGGUGUCUUUUAAAGAUCCACAGAGAACAAAACUGCAUUAUCCCUAUGCUAUAGUAAUAGCAGGUUUAAUUGACUUAUAACAAUUUUUUUUCUAAUGAGUAUAGGAUAUAUACAUUUUACUGUAGGAUAUUAUACCAUAAGCACAUAUACUGUAAAAGGUUUUGGUUUUGUUAAGUAGACAAUGUAAAAAAAAGGGAAUUUGUCACACAAAAAAAAGUCUCCAAUGUAUGGUAUUUGGUGUAUAAGCAUUUGUUAUAAGCAGCUGUGAUGAAAAUAA